GUCACUUGCUUCCUUUGUGUGACUCCCUCUAUAUAUUUCUCCUACAUUUCUCUUCACUCCACACCAAACUUUGCUUACAACUCUCUCUGGUCCAACCGAGAUACAUAUAUUAAAUCCAUCCAUCAUGGGUUCCGGCCCCGGAGGAUGGGCCGACACCAAGAGUAUGACUCUCCAGGUCCUCAACGGCCGGUGGUUCAUGGUCUUUGCAUGUCUAUUGAUCAUGUCCGCCGCCGGCGCUACCUACAUGUUCGGCCUCUACUCUCCUGACAUCAAGAAGGUCCUCGCCUACGACCAAAGCACACUCAAUCUCCUCAGCUUCUUCAAGGACUUAGGUUCCAACGUCGGCAUCCUCUCCGGCCUCCUCAACGAGGUCACGCCGCCGUGGGUGGUUCUCUUGGUCGGCGCUAUUCUCAACUUCUUCGGAUACUUAAUGAUCUGGCUAUCCGUCACCAAGAAAGUCGCCCGGCCAAAAGUCUGGCAGAUGUGCCUCUACAUUUGCAUCGGCGCCAAUUCCCAGUCGUUCGCCAACACCGGCUCGCUGGUCACCUGCGUCAAGAACUUCCCCGAGAGCCGCGGCGUUGUUUUGGGGCUUCUUAAGGGCUACGUCGGCCUCAGUGGCGCUAUCAUCACGCAGAUGUACUAUGCUUUCUACUACGACGACCACAGGUCCUUAAUCCUGCUCAUCGGGUGGCUUCCUGCAGCCAUAUCAUUCGCCUUUCUGAAGACCAUUAGGAUCAUGAAGGUGAUCAAACAAAGCAACGAGGUCAACGUGUUCUUUAACAUGUUGUACAUCUCUCUUGGACUCGCCGGGUUUCUGAUGAUCAUGAUCAUAGUACAGAAUAGGGUGCACUUCACUCAAGCGGAGUACGGCGCCAGCACCGCCAUGGUGUUCUUCUUGCUCGCUCUUCCCAUCGUGGUGGUUGUAAUCGAGGAGUACAAGAUAUUUGAGAGGAAAAUGCUCGAGAUGAAUGGGGACGUCAACGUAGUGACUGAAAAGCCCGCCCUCCCCACCGGUGAACAUUUAUCAGUGCAGUCAAUGGACGGGCCGGUUACAUAUGAAGCUCCUGAGUCCACGACGGAACCUACAGAAUCUUGCUGGAGAACUUGUUUUAGACCUCCAAAUAGAGGGGAGGACUACACAAUUCUCCAAGCCCUAUUCAGCAUUGACAUGCUCAUACUAUUCUUUGCUUGCAUAUGUGGUGUUGGGGGCACAUUGACCGCAAUUGACAACUUGGGUCAGAUUGGGAGUUCGUUGGAAUAUCCCGAACAUAGCAGGAGUACUUUCGUGUCUCUAGUAAGCAUAUGGAAUUAUCUCGGUAGGGUCGUUGCCGGAUUCUACUCGGAAUACUUGCUAAAACGAUACAAAGUCCCUCGUCCUCUCAUUCUAACCCUAACCCUCUUAGUCUCUUGCAUUGGUCACCUCCUUAUUGCCUUCAAUAUUAAAAAUGGUCUCUACAUCGCCUCAGUCAUAAUAGGGUUCUGCUUCGGCGCUCAAUGGCCUUUGCUCUUCGCCAUAAUCUCCGAGCUCUUCGGGCUCAAGUACUACGCGACCUUGUACAAUUUCGGCUCAGCAGCAAGCCCGGUUGGCUUAUACUUGCUCAACGUGAAACUCACCGGUCAUGUAUACGAUACGGAGGCGAGGAAGCAAUUGGCGGCUAAAGGGAUGAUUAGGCAGCCAAAUGAGCAAUUGACUUGUCUUGGUGGAGAGUGUUUCAAGUUGUCCUUUAUUAUAAUUGCAGCUGCAACAUUUUUUGGGGCACUUGUUUCACUGAUUUUAGUGGCAAGGACAAGGAAGUUUUACCUGAGUGACAUAUACAAGAAAUUUAGAGAGGAGGCAGAAAAAAAUGCUGAGGCUGAAAUGGCCAUAACGGAAAAUGGUGUCACCAAUGGCCAUAACCAAAACAAUGGAAGAUCAUAGAGACUCAUGCAUGAUGGAUAUAUGUAUAUGCCAUUCUUCUUCUUUUCUUUUUUCUUUUUGAAACCCUAGCUUGGAAUAGGUAUAGAGUUUAGGAAAUGAAAAACAAGAAACUAUAUAGAUCAUGUGUGAUUUCUCUUUUGAAUUUGUGUGGGUUUCUACAUGAUUUAAUGCCGAUAUUUUCCAGUGCA